AACCUCUAAAAAUUUCAGCAAAAACAUAAACAAAAAAAAUGUUUAUUAAUCCUUUAAAACCUAGAAUAAUUAAACCAAAUUGUAUAUUUCCAUUAACAAAAUGCUUUGCCUCGUUAUGUUCAAAUACAAGCAUUGCAAAUAUAGACUUUCCAGACGAAGACACAAAAAUGCUAAAAGUUAGUAUUAUUGGGGUACCAAACUCAGGUAAAAGUACCUUUAUAAACCAAUUAAUGGACAGAAAGGUUUGUCCAACUUCGUCAAAAGUCCACACAACAAAAACCAAAUCGAUGGCAAUUUUUACACAAGGUGAUUCUCAGAUUGUCUUCCUCGAUACUCCAGGGCUGGUUAAUGCUAACGAAAAGAAGAAGUUCAAUUUGACCAGUAGUUUUAUUAAAGAUUCUAGAUUUGCAUUGCAGAAGGCUGACAUUAUUGGAGUGGUUCACGAUGCUGCAAAUAUUCACACUAGGGAAAAGUUGGAUAUUAAAAUUAUUAAUUUGUUAGAGGGACAUAAGAAGACUCCUAGUUUUCUUGUAUUGAAUAAGAUUGACGUUCUAAAAUCUAAAAGAAAACUUCUAGACAUCACAAGACUAUUAACAGACAACUGUCUCGCUGGCAAACCAAUCCCGGGCCAUUCAAAUAAGCCCAAAGAUCCAAAUCACGAAUUCAAAGGUUGGCCCUAUUUCCAAGACAUUUUCAUGGUCUCAGCUUUAACCGGUGAUGGACUAGACCAAGUGAGGAACUACCUAACAACCAAAGCCAAACCGGCCAAAUGGAUGUUUCCAGAAAACGUGUGGACAGACCAGAGCGCCGAAGAAGUAAUACAAAACAGUGUAAGGGCUAAAUUAUUGGACUUUUUGCCUCAAGAGAUUCCGUACAUUUUGCAAACCGAAAUCGAGUUUUUCGAUGUCAACGAAGAAGGCGUAAUAAAUGCUGUUGUUAUUGUUAAAACCCCAUCAAGCAGAAUUUCAACUUUGGUAGCAGGCGGAGGUGGAGGCCGUUUAAAACAAAUUCUACAAAGCGUAAAAGAAGAUUUACAAAAUGCUUUUCAGAAUUAUGUCAAGAUAAAUAUUGUGCUUGAACCUCCAGCAAAUACUAUAAACUAA